AUGCCCGCAACGUCCCUAGAUCUCUCAGACCAUUCUUAUCUUGACAGCGCGCUUUCGGCCACCUUGGACUCGACAGAUGCGUUCGAAGGCCCGGAAAAGCUGCUCGAGGUGUGGUUCUACCCAAGCGUAAGCGCGCUGCCAAACGCUAAGGGUCUGCGCUCGAUCUCCCUUGAUGAAUGGUGUAGCAUGCUCGAGCUGGUCAAGUGCGAGGUUCUGUCGAGCAAGAAGACCGCGCAUAUGGAUGCGUUCCUGUUGAGCGAGUCCUCGAUGUUUGUGUUUGAGCACAAGCUGACAUUAAAGACCUGCGGGACCACGACGACGCUGCUGUGCCUUCCUCGGCUGCUGGCGAUGGUGGAGAGCCACCUGGGGUGGGUCAUGAAGUCCCCUGGGAGCGACAAGUUCCACCCGUACAAGGUCUUCUACUCGCGCCGCUGCUUCAUGUUCCCGUCGAAACAGCACCCGAUCCACCGCAACUGGGGCGAUGAGGUAGACUACCUCAACCAAUUCUUCCUGGGAGGUAAGAGCUACGUUAUCGGUCGCAGCGACCAGAAUGACCACUGGAAUCUCUACAUCACCGAGACCAACAAGACACUGGCGUCGGGUCUGACCAGCGAUGAGCGCGACGAGACGUUGGAAAUCCUGAUGACCGGGCUCGACAGCGGCAGCGCGCGGCAGUUCGUGGCAGACCGCACCCAGUCGCCGUCAGAGGAGGGCCUUGCAGCGUGCAAUGCCCCGGGCCACGUCUACGGGUUGGAGAUCACCAAGGCCACGGGUCUGGACUGCGUCUACGACAACCAAAAGAGCGUGCCCUUCGUGCACGACGCUUUCGCCUUCAUGCCCUGUGGCUACUCCAGCAACAUCAUCAUGGAUGACAAAUACUACUACACUCUGCACGUCACCCCAGAAGACGGCUGGUCCUAUGCAUCCUUCGAGAGCAACGUCCCGGUCCAGGACGUCUCUUGCGGCCGGCAAACCCAGCACGACAUCGUGUGCCGCAUCCUGGACGUUUUCCGCCCGACAGACUUCUGUAUGACGUUCUUCGCCAAGGACCUUCUCAGCGACCGCAUCCUCCAGCUCAUGCACCUGCUCGACUCCUUGCCAAACUAUGUUAAGCGCGACAAGGUCAUCCACGAGCUCGACGAGUACCAGCUGAUCUACCUUAGAUACCAGCGCCCGGCACAGUAG